AUGCAACGUGCCGUUGAUGCGGUGAGACGUGGCGAACCUCUAAAAACUGUAGCGCGCUUAUAUAGUGUCCCGCGCAAUACGCUUAGACGCCAUGCAAUAAACGAUGCACCUGUAAAAAAGCAACUUGGUUGUAAGACUGUCCUCACAGAGGAACAAGAGUCUCAACUCUGUAAUGCCAUCCUUGACUUUGAGAACAUGCUCUAUGGCCUUACAAGGAAUGAUGUGAUGGACUUGGUGUUCCAGUUCUGUUCUUCCAGAAAUAUUCCAAAUCCAUUUGGAAACAAGGAAAGAGCUGGUCGUGAAUGGCUGAACGGUUUUCUAAAGAGGCAUCCCCAACUUAGCAUCCGGAAACCAGAAAAUGUUUCAAUUGGCAGAGCGUACGGGUUCUCUCGACUCAAGGUUAAUGACUUUUUUAGGAAGUACCUGAGUCUUGUGUACGACGAAAAUGGCAACCGCAUCAUUCCAAACUGCAACAUUUACAAUUAUGACGAAUCAGGUUUCACUAUCGUCCACAGACCAGAAAAGAUACUAGCCAGAAAAGGAAAACGCGCUGUUGGUAUGCUGACCAGUGCCGAGAAAGGAAAAACAAUCACAUUUCUUCCCGCAGUGAGUGCCGUUGGACAUUAUAUACCACCUUUGUUCGUUUUUCCAAGGAAGAGAAUGAAACAAGAACUUCUCGAACAUGCCCCAGAAGGAUCCAUUGGGCGUGCUAAUCUUUCAGGCUGGAUCACAACUGAAAUAUUCGAGGACUGGUUUGAUCAUUUCGUUGACGUAGUGCAACCAAAGAAUAAACCAAAUCCAACAUUACUCCUAUUUGACGGACACAAGUCGCACACAAAGAACCUCAACCUGAUCGACAAAGCCAAUGAUAGCAACGUCAAGAUAUUGUCCUUCCCUCCUCACUGCACUCAUAAAUUGCAGCCACUAGACCGUUCUUUUUUCAAAAGUCUCAAAAACAACUACAAUGAUGAAGUUCAUCGCUGGUUGAAAGAACAUCGUGGGAUAGGUCUCUCCCAGAACAAAAUUCCAGAGCUGGUGAACAAAGCAUACAAGAAAACAGCCAGCCUUGCAAAUGCCGUCAAUGGAUUCCGUGUGGCCGGCUUGGUGCCACCCAAUGAGGAUAUCUUCACCGAUGAAGAUUUCUAUGCCAGCGACCAAAUCAUUCAGCAACGAGAAAACGAAGCAGAUAAUGAGGCUACUGGCCAGAACCUGCCAGCACCACCGAUUUGA